AGAUGACCCAAAGACUCACCUUUUUCUAAGUCCUCUGACAUGCCUUGUUGGUCUUUUUUGCAAACCAAUCAGUACCAACUUCAUUAAUUUAGAUCCCACUAUUGCAGUAAUCUCAUAACACAAAUCCUCUGGCUACAAGAAAACUCAGUUUUUAGUGGCGGAGCAUCGUAGAAAUUCAGGGGUCAUACUGAAAUACAAGUAAGAGCUAAAAGACUGUUUGGAUUUUGAAAUGCUGGACUGAGUUGAAAGAACAGCACAUUGAUUCUCAUAGUUUGACUUGUCUUUCACCUUCCUUGUGUUUGAACUUGGAACAUCAUAUUCUUCAAUUUGAGCUUGUCAAGCAUGGGAUGCGGAUUUUGUGAGGCUGCUCUUCCUAACAUCUUUGCAACACUGGUUGUGGACCGUAUGGUGAAGCCGGUAGGACGUCAACUUGAUUAUGUCCGUCGCUUUCAUGACAAUGUUGAAAAGCUCCGAGGGAAAAAGCGUGAACUUGCAGACGCACGAGAUCGUCUACUACAUAAGAUUGAGGAUGCUAAAAACCGGCUUCUACUAAUUGAAAAUGAUGUACAGAACUUGCAAUCAAGGGCAGACGAAACACUGUCGGAUAUGGGAACUCUGGAGGAGGAAAUCCAACUGAAUAAGAGGUGUCUCAAUUGGUGUCCUAAUUGUAGUUGGAGAUAUCAAUUAAGCAAGAAAGCAAUGAAGAAAAUCCAGGAUAUCUCUGAGCUUUUGGACAAAUUUGGUCAACUUGGACCAGUCGGUUACCGUGCUCCUACGGCCCUUCCCACUGUAGGCUUCCUAUGUUCUAAGGAAUUUGUGGUUUCGGAAUCUUCGAAGGCUGCUUUCAAUCAAAUCAUUGAAGCCUUAAAAGAUGAGAAUAUCAACAUGAUUGGGUUGUGGGGGAUGGGAGGGGUGGGCAAGACCACCCUGGCUCGUGAAGUAGGAAGUCAAGCUCCAAAACUAAAUUUGUUUGACAAAGUUGUGAUUACGACUGUGUCUCAAAAGCCAAAUUUUGAGAGAAUUCAAGAUCAAAUUGCACAAUACAUAGGCUUUGAUAUGAAGAAGGAACAAGGAAGAAGAUCCGAGCAAGAAUUAUGGUUAAGGCUGAAGGAUGAACCGAGGAUUCUUAUCAUCGUUGAUGAUAUUUGGGAAUCUAUCAACUUAAAGGAGAAGAUAGGAAUUCCAAUUGGGGAUGAUCAUAAAGGCUGCAAAGUUCUUUUAACAACACGCCGUCAACAAGUAUGUCGAGCUAUGGAUUGUCAAAAUGUGGUACAACUUGACUGUUUGGAUGAUGAUGAAGCUUGGACUCUGUUUGAAAAGAAAGCAGGUCUAGAUGACUUUUCUGAUGAUUCUAUUAAAAUUCUAGCAAAUCAAAUUGUCAAAAAAUGCGGGGGUUUGCCUAUAGCUAUAGUUCCGCUGGGAAGUGCCUUGAAAGGUAAAACCCAUCAUGAGUGGCAAGCUGCAUACCGGAGACUCAAAGAUCGUAGAUUGACCGAAAUCGAGGAUGUGAAUGAAGAAAAUGCCUAUGUAUGUCUUGAGGCGAGCUUCGACUACUUGAAGAAUAUGGAGACCAAGACAUGUUUCUUGUUGUGCUCUUUUUUUCCUGAAGAUGAUGAGAUUUAUGUGGAGAACUUGGUAGGAUAUGCAUGGGGACUGGAGAUGUAUAAAUGCAUGGACUCAAUUAAAGAUGUUAGAAGCGAAGUGCUUGCAUCGAUUGAGAUCCUCAAGAACUCUGGUUUGUUGCUAGAUUCCGGAGAAAGGCGUGUCAAAAUGCAUGAUGUGGUUCGCCAAUUUGCUUUGUGGAUAGCAUCUUCAAGAAAGGAGAUUUCUUUUGGGACUGUUGAAACACUCCCGAUGGAUGAAAGUUUCAAGCAUUACACAGCAAUCUCUUUCGAAGCUAACCAAACAGAUGAACUUCCUAAAGGAGUGGUUUUCCCAAAUCUCAAAUUUCUUUUACAUGGUGGCGGUCGUUUCAUGGAAACUUCAAGCGAAUUCUUUGAAGGUAUGAAGGCAUUACAAGUUUGUGCUUUGAAUAAUAAAUUGAUAUCUCUAGCUCCAUUUCAGUAUCAUAUGAACCUUCGAACUUUGUGUUUGAUUGGUUGCCAACUCUCUGACAUCUCAAUGCUUGGGAAGCUGAAGACACUUCAUAUUCUCUCUUUACGUCGAUCUUAUAUCACUGAAUUGCCGACUGAAGCUGGUGAUUUGGAAAAUCUAAGACUGUUGGAUUUAUCGUAUUGCGAUGAUCUACAAAGAAUUGCUCCUAAUUUAAUACAAAGAUUUUCCAAUUUAGAAGAACUAUACUUGCAUGGUUGUAGUUCAUUAAAAUGGGAGACUGAGAACACAACUCAAAGAGAAAGCUAUUCCAGCCUGUCGGAGUUGGAUUUAUUGCCAAAGUUGGUUGUAAUAUCAUUGGAUAUUUCUUCUAAACAUCUUCCAGAUGGCUUUGUGUUUCGUAGAUUAUGGAGCUUUGAUUUUUGCAUUGGCAUAGAAAGAAACACGUGGUUCCACAAGAGGGAAACUUAUCCAAUCUCAAGAUCUUUGAGAAUCGUUAAGUCUGUAGAUGCAUGCAAGCAACUAUUUGAAGAUGUAGAAUCUCUUCAAUUGAAUGGUGUGGAGGGUCACCCAAACCUUAUUCCGAGCUUGGACUUGGGAUUUAGAAAGUUGACUUCUCUAGAUCUUUACGAGUGCGGCUCUAUGCAAUGCCUAAUUGAUGCAUCAAACCAACAGGUGCCAAUCACUGCAUUCUCUAAUUUGAGAAAGUUAUCAUUAAGAAAUAUGUUUGAUUUGGUAGAGAUGUGCAGUGCUCCCCAGCCGCAGGGUUUUUUACAAAAGCUUGAAGAGGUUAUAGUUUCAGAUUGUGGUGAGAUGCAAGUAUUAUUCCCGACUGCUGAAUUGAGGAGCAUAGAACAAGAAGGGCCCAGUCGUCAUUUAAGCCUCCAAAGUCUGAAGAUUGUUAAAAUAGAGAGAUGCAAUAAUUUGAAAUAUAUCUUCCCAAUGUCAGUUGAUAAUAGCCUUAUGCAAUUACAUACUUUGAAGAUAAAGAGUUGCAGGAGCUUAGAAGGCAUAAUCCAAUACUCACAAGUCCCAUACAUAAGCCUCCAAAGUUUAAGGGAAAUAGAAGUUGAAAAUUGCGAUAAUUUAAAGUAUCUCUUUCCAUUGUCGGUUGCAAAUAGCCUUGGCCAAUUGCAUAUUUUGAAGAUAAAGAGUUGCUCGCAAUUGGAAGAUAUAAUCCAAGACCCACAAGUGGCAUACAUAUGUCUACUCCAAAGUCUAAGGGAGGUUUCGUUGAUUGGUUUACCUCAAUUGAAGAGAAGGGAUGUGAACGGCAUUAUACUCGCACAAUUAUCUUUGCAGAAGUUGGAAGUGUACAAUUGUCCUCAAUUGACACAUCUUAUUACUUCGACUAAGAUAAAAGAAUUGGUGUUUGGGAAGAUGACAAAUGAACAAUUAAGCAAUUUGCAUUCAUGUAAAUAUGAGGAAUUGGAGCAAGAUCAAACGUCAUCACAACAUCAUCCCUUACCUAUUUGCUUUCCAAAUCUGAUUCUAAUUCAUAUAUUGGAAUGUGAAAGCUUGAAAUCUCUCUUUCCAAUUACUGUUGCUCAAGGUAGCUCUAAAAAACUAAAUGCGCCCAAUUUGCAAACUUUGAACAUAGAGAGGUGCUUUGGAAUGGAAGAAAUAAUCCAAGACUCACAAGUAUCAACGAUAAGCUUUCAAUGUCUAAGGGAAGUACAAGUCACAGAGUGCAAUAAAUUGAAAUUUCUCUUCCCAAUGUGUGUUGCUAAUAGUCUUGGGAAAUUGCAAACUCUAAAGAUAGAGAGGUGCUUUGGAAUGGAAGAAAUAAUCCAACACUCACAAGUAUCAACCGUAAGCUUUCAAUGCCUUAGGAAAGUACAAGUCAAAGAAUGCUAUAAAUUGAUAUUUCUCUUCCCAAUGUGUGUUGCUAAUAGUCUUGGGAAAUUGCAAACUCUAAAGAUAGAGAGGUGCUUUGGAAUGGAAGAAAUAAUCCAACACUCACAAGUAUCAACCACAAACUUCCAAUGCCUUACGGAAGUACAAGUCAUUGAAUGCAAUAAUUUGAAAUUUCUCUUCCCAAUGUGUGUUGCUAAUAGUCUUGGGAAAUUGCAAACUCUGAAGAUAGAGUGGUGCUUUAGAAUUGAAGAAAUAAUCCAACACUCACAAGUAUCAACCAUAAAAUUCCAAUGCCUAAGGGAAGUACAAGUCACGGAAUGCAAUAAUUUGAAAUAUCUCUUCCCAAUGUGUGUUGCUAAUAGUCUUGAGCAAUUGCAAAUUCUGAAGAUAGAGAGCUGUUCCCAAUUGCAAGAAAUUAUCCAAGGACCAGAAGUGUUAAUCUCAAUGGCUCAAGGUCUUAUACGACUGAAAGAAGUUGAGUUGACUAAUUUGCCUCAAUUGAAAGGAAGGGAUAGAAACCACAUUGUGCUGACAUCGCCAUCUUUGCACGUGUUAAAAGUGAGAGAUUGUCCUCAACUGACGCCUUUUAUCGUUUCACCUAAUAUACAAGUAUUGGAGUUCUCGGAGAUGACAGAAAUGAAGCAAAUAAGCAACGUGACAGUCCCUGAAAGGGGAGGAGGAACACCAACAUGUACGGAAUAUUUAACAAUUUCCAAUUUUGAAGAGUUAUUUGAAUAUUCUGGAUAUAAUCUUUCAAGUCUGGAGAUCCUACGCUUGUACAAACUAACUGAAUUGCGGGUGAUAUGGAGUGGUCCCAUCCAAGUUAAAUACUUUCAAGAUCUCACUCAAUUGGUAGUCCACAGUUGCAGAAGGUUAAGAUACAUCUUCUCACCUACCAUCGCUCGAAAUUUGCCACAAUUGUGGAUUUUGGAUAUAUCUGACUGUGAGGAAUUGGAGCAAAUAAUUGAGAAGGAUCAAACUCCAUCACAACAUCAUCUCCAACCUAUUUGCUUCCCUAAUUUGAGUUGGAUUAUAAUAAGGAAUUGUGAAAACUUGAAAUGUUUGUUCCCAAUUACUCUUGCUCAUGGCGGCCUUCCAGACCUAGAACAAUUAUACCUUGAAAGGGUCACCAAAUUAGAGCAGGUGUUUGAAGGAGAUGAGGGAAAUGUGAGUAAGGACGAAGAGACAGUGAUACACCUACCUCGAUUAACCGACUUAGUGCUUGGUAGGCUGCCAAACCUCGUGAGCUUCAGCCCUGUGGGUUAUCAUUUUGUUUUCCCAUCUUUAACGAAUUUACAAGUAAAAGGUUGUCCCAACAUAACCACAAGAUUUAGUGUUGAUUCAGAGAAAUCAGUGCAUGCCAAAACACAGGCAAGCCAAUCAGUUGAUGAAAUUAUAGUGGAAGAAUCUGCUACAGCUCAAGAAACUGCAUUGCCAAUUGGUUAUAUAUGCUGGACCAAAGAGGAAGAUGAAAGUGAUUUUGAAUAUGAAGAUGAAAGUGAUGAAGUGACUUUGAAUAUGAAGAUGAAAGUGAUUUUGAAUAUGAAGGUGAAAGCACAGGCAAGCCAAUCAGUUGAUGAAAUUAGAGUGGAAGAAUCUGCUACAGCUCAAGAAACUGCAUUGCCAAUUGGUUAUAUAUGCUGGACCAAAGAGGAAGAUGAAAGUGAUUUUGAAUAUGAAGAUGAAAGUGAUUUUGAAUAUGAAGAUGAACAGGCAAGCCAAUCAGUUGAUGAAAUUAUAGUGGAUGAAUCUGCUACAGCUUAAGAAACUGCAUGGCCAAUUGGUAGUGAUAUAGAAGGGUGGACUAAAGAGGAAGACGAAAGACAUUUUGAAUUUUAAAAUGAAUGGAGCAGUAAAUGAAGUAAUUUAUAUUUAAGGAGUUGAUUUGAAAAUUACGCAUUGUGAAUGUUUAAAUUGAAUGCCAUUUAUUCGUUAAAUUGAAGACAGAUUUAUUGAGCUAUAAGCGAGGAAUGAGCUGGUGUUUGAAAGAAAAUGGCCUAAAAUGUCUAGUUUGGUAUUUCUUUCAAAUAUUCGGGCAUUGAUGUGGGUUAGAUCAGUAUAUGAUGAAUUGAAAGUGGAUGAGAGAAUUUGGUGGGUCUGCCCUAUUAGAAGUUGGAGUGAUGUCAAGAAAUCUGGGUUGAGUGGUAGGUUUUGGUGUCCUCCAUGUUUUGGUUGUGUUGAAGUUGGCCAGCAUGUGGCACAAGAACCAGCAAGCAGCAGGCCAUACAGCCCAAGCCAAGCAGAUGCAGUUGAGGAAACUGUUUCUUUUAGUUCAUUUUGUUACACUAAGUUGUGUAAUUUAGUUUAUUUUCAACUUGUUGCUUAUGCAUUUGAUGUAAUUAGGUAGUAUUGAGCUGAUAAAUCAGCUUGUCAAAGUGUACAAGAAAUGUUUUAACAAGUUUCAAUGUUGUUUAGUGGUGUUAGGUGGAUGUUUAGGUGAAAUUUGUCUAUUUUGACCAGCUUAUGUCUGGUAUAUGUAAUGGCUUUUAUGCCAAAGUUCUUUUUUAAUGAAAAUUUAUCAGAUUUUUCAUUCA